AGAGGAGGUAUAGAUAUGUUAAAGUCGGUGAAACCUACGCAUCCCAAGUGGAGGACUCGUGCCAAGUAGAGAAGAUGUUUCUUACUUCGUGGCCAGUAAAUAACGAUGACCCAAAUAUCUCCUGUACGGACGUUCACCAUGAAUUAGCAUAUGGUUUUGAGAUUUCGUGGCUCCGAGGUAUUUGUAAAAGUUCUUGCAGAGGAGAUAUCUAUUCUUGCUACCUCGAUGACGCGAACCAUCUUCAAUGCGACGUCACAAAUAUUUUUGACCUUGCAGGAUUGGGUUACUCACUACUUACUUUGCUCGCGGCAGGAUGGUGUGUAAGUCUAUAUAAUUUAUUCACAGCAGGAAGGCAGACUCUUGGGCGCCCAUUUAAAAAUGAUUUAUAUAUAGAUUAUAGUUACUUAUCUCUAAACAUCGUAUUAAUACACGUUGCAGCAAAAAUGUUCUUGGGAGCUCCAUGUGUGGUUGCCUUUUUGACAUAUAAGUGCCGUAGGAGGCAUUUAUCAAUGUAUAAUGUUGUUGAAGAAUUUCUGCAAAGUCAAAAUAACCUCAUGUCAAUAAGGUACUCUUACCCAGAAAUUAGGAAGAUCACCAAAGGUUUCAUGGAGAAAUUGGGAGAAGGAGGCUAUGGCUCUGUAUUUAAAGGAAAGCUUCAAAGUGGCCAACUUGUAGCUAUAAAGGUGUUGGGUAUGUCCAAAGCCAAUGGCCAAGACUUUAUCAGUGAAGUUGCGACCAUUGGCAGGAUUCACCACGCUAAUGUAGUUCAACUCAUUGGCUUUUGUGCUGAGGGACCAAGGCGCGCCCUUAUAUAUGAAUUCAUGCCUAAUGGUUCUCUUGACAAAUACAUUUUUUCUCAAGAUGGAAGUAUCUCUUUAAGUAUUGAGAAAACAUACAAGAUUUCUCUUGGAGUGGCUCGUGGGAUUGAAUAUCUACAUCGAGGAUGUGACAUGCAAAUUCUGCAUUUUGAUAUCAAGCCUCAUAACAUUCUUCUUGAUGAGAACUUCACCCCAAAAGUUUCUGAUUUCGGGCUUGCAAAACUUUAUCCUGUAGAUGAUAGCAUAGUGGCUUUAACUGCUGCAAGAGGAACAUUAGGAUAUAUAGCUCCAGAGUUGUUCUAUAAAAACAUUGGAGGUGUCUCCUAUAAAGCUGAUGUUUAUAGUUUCGGCAUGUUAUUGUUGGAAAUGGCGAAUAGAAGAAAGAACUUUAAUGAAUUUGCAGACCAUUCAAGCCAAAUUUACUUUCCAACUUGGGUUUACGAACAAGUUAGCAAAGGAAAUGAGAUAGUAAUGGAAGAUGCCACAGCGGAGGAGAAAAAAACAAUUAAGAAGAUGAUUUUGGUUGCAUUAUGGUGCAUACAAAUGAAGCCUAGUGAUCGUCCUUCAAUGAACAAAGUUGUAAAAAUGCUUGAAGGAGAAGAAUGCUUACAAAUACCUUCCAAACCUAUCUUAUUAUCACUAGAGGAUGUAAGAGAUAACUUAAAUCCAACUUGCUCAUCAAUUCAAUCAGGAGAAUCAAGUCAAUCAGCUCAAUUUCAAAUGCAAACAAUGUGAUUUGUUGGUUGAUUUACAUAGAAACUAGUGAAAGGUAUUUUAGGUGUUGCUAAUUGCA